AUGUCGCAUCCACCACUCUAUUUGAUUCGACAGGAAACUCCUCAAGAUCAUAAAGCAGUAUUUGAACUCAUCGAAGAAGCCUUCCGGGAGCUUGUUGUCAGCGACCAUCAAGAGCAAUUUCUUGUGGAAAGACUUCGACUCUCUCAGACCCACUUUGUCCCUCAACUUUCUUUAGUCGCUCACACAUUGGAUGGAGAAAUUAUUGGUCACAUCUUGCUCACUAAAUGUCAUAUUUUACAGCCACGAGACAGACUUCACCAACGAAUCGAAUCAUUGGCUCUAGCUCCUCUCUCUGUUAAACCAACUUUUCAAAGAAAAGGUAUUGGGGCAGCUCUCGUGCAUGAAGCUCAUAGCAUUGCAACACAAUUAGGAUUCACUUCUGUUGUGGUUGUGGGACAUCCCGACUAUUAUCCAAAAUUUGGUUAUCGACCUGCCAAACAAUUCGGAAUUGCAUUUCCCUUUGAGGUUCCUGAUGAAUGUGGAAUGGUCAUUGAAUUGCAAAGUGGUGCUCUGAAGGAAUGUAGAGGUGGUAUUGUGGAGUAUGCACCUGAAUUCCAAAUUGGAGAGAAUAAAGAAUAA